GAGCAUUCAAGACACCGCGAAAAGCAUCUACGAUGUCUCGUUCGAAAGUAAGAGACCUUUGCAAAUAUUCAAUCAAUCGAUGGUUUAGAUCCUGCGGGUACCUGCCCAGUCCACGAAGAGGAAAGACUCUGGACAUUUCCACAAUCUCGCAUCCGGUUAUUCUUGAGCGUAUGAAGGCUUUUGAGCGGCGCAUAGAUACUCUCAAGACAGAGCAUAGAAUUGCAUUGAAAGUAUACUUGUGUGUCGAUCAAUACGAGCUUUCGUGUAGAAAGAAGCUCUUCUUGAUAAGUCCAUACUCGGUUAUUCCCUUUCGACCACAAGAUUGUAUGCUUGACGUACGAAGUAGACACGAGGGCCCUACUUCCGCUUUUCACGUGUGGUUGAUCUUUUCGUGGUUUCGUGCCGACUCCAGGCAGUCCGUAGCAAGGAUUACCUCCUGCGGGUAUAAUCGUGACGGCAGACUGCCGGUAGAUCGUAUCCAGGCUCGGGUUCUGCAACCUCUUUUCGAUAGAUUUAUCCUGGGAAAUGCAGUAUCGAUCGAUUCACAAGUACCGAUAUCCGAGAAGGAUGGCUAAAAAAAAAAAAAAAGCAUCCUCGAUUGUCGCAAGUGAAAACUCGGAGGAGUGUCCCGGGGCGAUUGUAGUAUCUUCAGUCGGGCUCCCCCAGACAUAAGUGAGAGUGACAUAGUUCUUU